AUGCUGAAAAUCAGAGAUAAGGCUUUGGAUUUAACUGGAGGAGCUGAUAACCUGAAGCUUAUCAUUGGAUCUUGCUACAAGAAUUCUAAAGUUAAACCAUCAGCCUUGUAUACAAUUCUAUCUCCAACUUCCCUCAAAGUUCCAUGGUAUAAUACUGUUUGGGGAAAUUUAAAUUACCCUAAGCACUCCAUCAUAAGUUGGCUUGCUGUUCAAAACAGGUUGCUAACACAAGACAGGUUGGCUAGGAUGGGGGUACUGAAUGCAAAUUCCUGUUAUCUUUGCAAUGGUGAUGCAAUAGAGAGUCGUGACCAUCUCUUUUUUGAAUGUGAAUACUCUAUGAAUGUCUGGAACAAGAUCAUGUCGUGGCUUAACUUCAGAUGGCGUUCUUGUAACUGGAAUUGUAUGUUGGAAUGGUUCACUACCAGUUUGAGAGGCAAGGGUUUUAAGCAAAGGAUUAAGAGGAUGGCCUUUAACACUUCAUUAUACAAGAUUUGGAAUGAAAGGAACUCCAGGAUUUUUAUUCAGAAAUCCAAAGGGCCUGAUCAGCUAGUUAAAGAGAUCAAAGUUGAUAUGUUGAUACUAAUACUCAAUGGCAAUACUGCUCCGGAAGAUAGAGAAUGGGUUUUAUCACUGUAA